CACUCCCUCCUCCUACCCUCUCUCCCUCCCUACCCUCCACCCCCCUCCCCCUCGUCUUGUGAUGGACUGACUGCUUCUGACAGCCAAGUAGAUUACAGGACGAAAAUAUACCCGCUAGUCAUGGUUCUCACGGGGUCCUCCUCCUCCUCCUCCUCCUCCUCCUCCUCCUCCUCCUCCUCCUCC